GCCCUCAGUGUCUGGAUCUAAGCUGUAGAUAGAUGGGCUAGAUGCCACACACCAGUCAGCGAGAGGUUGCAAAGGCUCAGAGUUUGAUUCCUCCGUUUUUCUUAUUUUUCUUCUUCUUCUUCUUCUUCUUCUAAUUCUUCUUGGGGCUUUUUUCUCCUCUGCUUGGAUACCACUGACUUAGGCAUUGGAUAUGUGCACACAGGAUGAUGACAACCCCUUUCCUCCCCGUAGAAGUAAAAUAAAAUAGGCUUUCGCACACACUGGAUUUACUCCUGUCGUUCCAUAUGAAGAAGCCAAAAAUUUGGAUACGCGUCUGUGUCCAUUUACUGCUGUUCGUCACUCUUGGGGUACAUUCAACUAGGUUUGACGUCAACCCAGUGACAGAUGACAUCUCUAGACUCUCUAUUUUGAGACAAAAUAUUCCUAAAGAUUACAAAAUUCCUGUACACUACAUUCCAAAAGAAGAGGCAGGGAUGUGUUGGGUACAAUUAAACGUCUACUACUUGGAGGAUAGUUUACAAGAUGUAGCACAUAAGUUUGGAAACAUUUCAUCGAACAGAAGAGAUAUUAGUAUAUUCAUCCAAAUGCUGCAAGAACUGCGGCUCAACAUGGGGUCCGUGGAGCUGAUCAUGUAUGAUUUUGAGUGCCAUUACAGGAAAGAGCGGUGGCAGACCGCGCGAUACUUUGACUUUGUCAAAGACUUCCUUAUAGCUGCACAGAAUAAAGAAGAUUCAGAUGACUGUGAUCCGCCCCCCUGUCCCACAACACCAUACCCAGUAACAACAACAGAAACAUAUAGAGAAUCAACACCACCCAGCAGUAAAGCCUCAGUGUGUGAAACAGGCUGCGGACCACAGCAUGGCGACCUGCCUGGAGUGUUGGAGCAAAGCCUUUUAUCCUUACUCUUCAUUCCACUCCUAGCUUUCGUAUUCCUGCUUGUGUGGAAGGUCCGAUCACGGAGGAACGUGGAGGGUCUUCAACAGAACCCUGGAGAAGUUGGACUCUUCUCAGGAACAGAAGCUACUGCACCUCCACUAGAUGCUGAAAUAUUGGAAAAAAACAUGUUGAACGUCAUUGAAAUAGUGUAACGCUUCUACUCUUGGAUGUUCUCCAGCAUAAUUGGGCUCUAUUAUCUUCUCCUCGUGGUGUCCAAGGUGAUGAAAAAAAUACUCAAAGCUGAAUUCCAUAGAUAGUUCUCGAAGGUAAAAGGCUGGAUUUUGACCACUCUCCAGAUUAUCGCUUGCAGGUUAACACCUGCAAUGAACAAGAUUCUUCUGGAUGAACCAUGCCUGCUACCAUGUGGAUAAGCUUGCCUUUCUUGUAAGACUGCAUUUACCCUAUGCUUUUGAAAAAGACAGUGAGAUUUUGGCAGUGAGAAACCCCUGGACCACACCCCUACUGGGUCCACGGGUUCCUGCGAAUCGUCCAUCAGAACCUGCUGCAUCAUGAACUCUUUGGGGAAAACGUUCCCCCCCGUCAGCAAGUUGCUAAAGACUGCCUGUGUUUUAAAGGCUCACCAGUUCAUCUUCAAACAGCAAACCAGAGAGAGACGGACACUGGUUAUCUCCUCUAAGAACUGAGGCAUGAAUUACUACCUCCGGUCACACUUAACCACAUCUUCAACAGCUCUACUCAUUCGUCCUAGUCCGGGUUUUCCUAAAGAAUAUCAUGUUAAAAAGUGUAUUCCCAAGGUGUAGUCACAUUGUCUGGUACCCAUGGGGAUGUAUGAUGUAUUUAUUUAUUGGUGGCAGCACUGAGCUGCUGCUGUUGAUACAACUGAACUGUUUCAAGCUAUCAGUUACGAGCACCUCUACUAAUGGGUCACAUUUAAAGAACAAUCUAUAUACUAACACAUCGUAAACGCAACACAUUCUUCAACAAGUUACAUUUCCUCGUAUGAUGUUGUCGGUAUAUAUGACUUGGGUGAUUAAGCUUAUGUGUGUACAUGGAGAACAAAACACAUAUGUACAAAAUAUGCUGCUUUGACUAACUUACAUUUAGACCAUUGACAUCUGCAAGCUAAUGAGUAUCAGGGAUGACUUCCAGAUUCAUUUUUUUUAAAAGAUACAAUUAGAACGUAGUGAUAGACGCAUGCAAGACAACGAUGGGCCUCGAAUAAUAAAUACUUGCUCUACAAUGCCUUUAAUUAAUACAAACAAAAUAAUACGACUGAAUAUAAAAAUGCUAUAUAAUAUAACAUUGUUAAAUUCUUAACUGUUCACUUAACUCAACCAAAUAUACUCUCAAAUCAAACCCAUUAGCUCAGAAUGUUCUUUCAUAUGGUUUAGUCUGUUCUUACUGACUUUGCCUUUGUCCAGUAUCAGUGUUGUGCUUGCAUAAUAAAACCUAUUAUAGACAAUCUGACAAAGCUAGUUAGUGCAUUUAUCAAGACUCAAAUGCUUAUGAAAUGUUGAAGGGCGAUACCACUGUUUAUGAAAUGUACAGACCUUAGUUAUUUCCACAAUCCACAAAGAUCAGCACAUGGGAAUUUCAUGAAGGCCUAAAAAUCAGUUUUGCCUUAAUACACUGUCAAAGGAAGUGCACUGUCAUCUCCUUCACAUACUGAACGGUCGCACAAUGGUAUUACUUUUCUUUUGUGAGUUUUCGAUUUGUUUCUCCCUGAGCAGAAAACAACUGGUUGUCAAAUCCAAUCAGUUGGCAUGAUGUUGUUAAUUGCUAGCUACUGUAUAGUAAUUGCCUAAGCCCUCAGGUGCAUUCCAAUAUUAAAUCAAUGUGCCCCUCCACGCCUGCUUUCCUUCAGACAGAUCUGAUAAGUUGGGAGUUUGAGAUGUUUCCCAUGUCUGCUCUUACAUAUCUUAUCAGAGGAGUUAAAGGCAACAAGUUUGAAAUCAUCUCAACAUGGUUUGUCCACGCAGAGCCUCGCUCAAAGUAGCUCAAUAGAUGGAUUAAAUGAUUAAGAUUGUUAAUGACAAUUAGCAAAGUGGUAGGAGUGUGAACAGGGCACGCUGGCUGUGACCUUCUGCGAAUAACUUACUAUGACAAAGUGGCCGGACACAAACAUCUGUUUCCAUAUCUAGUUUUUCUAUCAUGUUUAUGGUCUUACAUUGUACCAUUGUCAAUUGGUUUUGUGCCUUGUUUGAUUAGUGUCACUGACCCUGUGUGUAAAUGUCCAAAGCCUGUCUAUGUUUCUGUGUGGUAGCAGAAAGUGGAGAGAUCAUUACAGUGCAGAUUAAAAACCUCUCCCCACAAUAACAGAUAUAAUCACCAAUCUCUCUAUUUUAAAUAAACUCAUGACAGUUUAGUUGGCUUGACCUGUGCCCAGUUAUAACAAGGAAAACGCUUUUUUUGAAAGAGCAGCAUGUUAAAACUCAGAAUAAACAUCAGUGGUUGUGACAUUUCUCUACCCUGUGUUACAUUUGAGCUAUUGUGACCUUUAGGAGAGUUCAACGGGUACCUCUGCUUGUUUCUGGGACUAUUUGAUGGGAAUUUGUCUUAUAGAAUGAGGAGUAUAUUGUGCAAAAUUAAAUCUGUGUUUGAAAAAAAGUAUACCACAUUGGUGUUCAUACAAUUCAAUACCUUCCGUCAUCAAUAGCUGGAUAUAUUUGGUGUGAUAGACUAUUGUUUGUUAUUUUGAACUGCAAGACAUUCAUUCAAAAAUGCAUUUUUGAAGAAAGUGUAUUAGCAUUGUCGUGCCAUAUUCUCUAUGGCAGUUUAGAUCGAACUCUGUGUUAGAAAAAGUACACCACAUUGGUUCUCGUACAAUAACUUUCCAAACAAUACUUUUAGAAAGAAUCACUAAAAUCAGUGGUGCGGUAAAAUACUGUUUAUUUCUUAAUCUCAAAUCCAACUAUUCAAAAAUGCAUUUUUGAUCCAUAUUCAAGCAUUUUAUGUAUGGCAGUCUAGACCUGAGGCUUUUUCAACAAUUAUCUUUUAUAUGACAUGCAGUCCCCAGUAUUCUGACAGAGACACAGGUUGGUCUAGCCACAACCAUACUAACAAACAAGGUAUAGUCUGUCAAAAGUUGCUUUUUUUACAUAGUCUAUGAAUAUCAUGAGCUGCAACAGGUCUAAGCUGUGAAAAAAACAAAACAUGGUCUCCCAUUUUCCUGUCUACAAAUAGUCCUAUGUCUAUUGCAUGGAAGUCAGAAACACAGCAAUUACAUGCAUUAGCUGAGAGAAGGACUGCCCUUAAAUACUGUUCUUGUGUGGGUAGUCGUGUGGUCUGAGAGUGAGCAGAGCUGCAUCCUGAACAGUGCUUUCGGGCUUGAGUGAUCCAAUCCAUCCCACUUCAGUGCGGGAAUCAAAUGGCUUUAGGCAGGAAAUUAGUCUGGGUGCCAAAAAGCAAAAUGUAAUUAUUGCCCGGUUGGUAUUCUGGGUGAAAACUCUUCUGUUUUCUGUAUUUUUGUAUAAAGGUAAAGAAACAUAUAUGAGAUAUGAAUAAAGUACACGUAUCCAACUAUUA